AUGGAACAAGAACUGAAUUUACUAAUCGCAAUCACCGCCAGAUACACGGAGACACAGCUUGUAUUGCUAGUGCUAACCAUCGUGAUGGUGGCCUUGGCACUAUUAUCUUACUUUGUCGUGGCACCUGAGUGCGAGAAACGUCUAAACAAGAAGUACGUAGCAAUUGUGCACGCGUCUCCAGAGCUCCAAAUACGUAACCAAAAAGUGCACAAUUCGCUACAUGCACGGAAUGGGUUGCGCAAAUACAAGUCGCUCGGUGCUGAAGACGUUGAAUCUGGCGCUGGCGCUGGCGCCGACAAAGUACAAAGAUAUAGGGUCCAUCGGCGGUUCUCGUACUUGCGACCCUCUCUAGCUAGCGUGUCGUAUGGAGUGUCUGAGGCUGUUUUAGCCACUCGACAGGAUCGCAAUGCUCGACGUCGCAAAAGCGAAAGUGAUGCUUUGAAGCAAGCUACCAUACAACGUGCGGACAUGUUACGUCGUCGUUUACUGCUUCGCAAACUCGAGAAGGAAAUUGCUGGCACAGUCAAGGCUAACGAAGAAGCACGAAUGGCUAGCAAUACCGAUGCAGCAUAUCAAAGGCUAUCACAUAAUACGCUUGAUUUGAGUAAUGAUCGACUCAAGAUGCUGCAGGAACAUCCGGCUGACUGUGUUGAAGAGCUUACAAUCCUUGCUCGAGCACACUCUUCAACGGAUAUGUCACCAUUUGAGAUAAAUACAAAAAUGACGAAGAUCAAAGUCGAGAAUGUCCCUGAGCUCCACGAAGUCAAGCGGGCGCUAAACAAACUCCAUGACGUGCUCAGUUUUUAUUUGUCGGUGAACCACCGUGAUAUGAACAAACUCACGGUUCUUUGCAACUCACUUUUGCAGUUCGACGGGCUGAACAGGUUACGUGCUUUCGAGGCGUCGCGAGACCAAGAUGUGCGGGCACUUUCCACCUCUAUCAUUGAAAAAGCAGUGCCUGCUAUAUGGCACUGA